AUGAACCACGACACCCAAAUCCUCAUCAUCGGCGCCGGGGCCUUCGGCGUGUCCACGGCCCACGCCCUCUCGCAGCGCGGCUACACGUCAAUCCGCGUACUGGACCGCCACGCUGUGCCAUCCAUCGAAGCCGCGUCGACGGACAUCAGCAAGAUCAUCCGCAGCGACUACAACGAACCACUGUACGCGCGACUCGGGGUGGAAGCGAUCCAGGCGUGGCAGAGUUCGGUCCUGUACCAAGACCUGUACCACGUGCCCGGCUGGAUCUUGAGCGCCAAAGACCUGUCGGUCCCGUUCGUGCGCGGGUCCGUCGAAACGAGCAAACGGCUGGGCGUGCGCGGGAUCGAGGAACUCAGCAAGUCCGAAAUCCGCGCGCGGUUUCCCGUGGUCAAUGGCGCGCUGGACGGGUGGAAUAUCAACGUGUGGAAUCCGACUGCUGGCUGGGCGAAUUCGGGAGAAGCCCUGAAACGACUGGCGCUGGAGGCGCAGAGGAACGGUGUUGAGUUUGUUUCUGGGGAUAAGGGGUAUGCUAGGGAGUUGAUAUUUUCUUCAUCUUCAACAACAUCAACAUCAACAUCGACUCCAUCAUCCCCAUCAUCAUCUUCUUCUUCUUCCUCUUCCUCUUCUUUCCAAAAAAAAUGCACAGGCGUCAUCACCCACGACGGCACCCACCAUUCCGCCGACAUGAUCGUCCUGGCCACGGGAGCAUGGACGCCGUCCUUCAUUGACCUCCACGACCAACUGGUCGCGAAGGGCCACAGCGUGGCACACAUCCAACUCACGCCCGCGGAACAGCAGCACUACAAAGACAUGCCGAUCCUCGACAAUUUGGAACUGGGCUAUUUCUUCCCACCCGGCCCCGACGGCGUGUUCAAGAUGGCCCACAGCCAGUUCAUCACCAACACGCGCCGCGACCCGCACAGCGGCAUCCGCACCUCGAUCCCGCACACGUUCCACGCGAACCCCUCAGACGAUCUCCCCCUAGAGAUCGAGCGGACCAUGCGCACCAAUCUGCGCCGCGUGCUGCCCGACCUGGCCGAUCGGCCGUUCACAUAUACCAGGCUGUGCUGGGACGCCGAUACGCCCGACCGGCAUUUCUUGGUCACGCCGCAUCCGGACCACGAGGGCUUGUUCCUGGCCACGGGCGGGUCGGCGCAUGGCUUCAAAUUCAUGCCCGUGUUGGGCAGGUAUAUCGCCGAUAUGCUGGAGGGGAAGCUGGAGCCGGAGAUUGCAAAGGCCUGGGCCUGGAGGCCGGGCCAGCAGGCUGGGACGAAUCUGGCCCAUUUGGAUCCCGAGACCGAGUUGGCUGAUUUGUCGGGGUGGCUGGGGAGGAGGAAACAAUCAAAACUGCGUCCGAGGAUGUAG